UUUGUUAGUACUUUGUAUAUUCGUCUAUGGAUUUUCGCACUUUACUCGUGCAGUAGAAAGUGGUCUAUUUGUAAAUAUUGUAAAAUUGUAAAUAACAAUUGUGUUUUACGUUUUUUGAUCUGAACAGUGAUUUUUCACAACUGUUAAAGUAUUUUAUGGAUCGAAAUCGCCUGGAAACAGCUUCUGGAUCCCUAAAAGGAUACCUAAUUUGAGAUGGUGAUGGAAGCAGAUCCUAUUGCUGGAAAACGUACCGAUGAAAGGGGCCCGGGAACGUCGCUGAGGCCGCGGGCGGGGGGUGACGUCAUUACCGCAGACCGAUCCGUUACUGUCAGCUCGUUGGACCUCACAAUGCCAUUCACAGCGCCCUCUAAUCUAGUACUCACACCGGCACCCGAAUGCCGCAAGUUAUCCCGCGGGAUAUCUCGCGCGACAGACAAUGAGGGGCUCGUCUGGGCGCUUCGCAGUAACACUGAACCUGAACCUAACACCCUCAGCUCUGAUCACAUACUUCUGUUACCAGAUAUCUCUGUUUAUCCACCAGAUUUCAGAACAUUCAUAGAAAAGGAUCUCCUGGAGACAGCUACACUGGUGACUCUCGAGUCAGCUAGUAUCCUCAACUGGUGGCGUCACGGCCGAGUGCCCGGCGCUCCAAGACUACUCCCGCUGGCAACAUCGGGUGAUGGCAACUGUCUCCCUCAUGCAGCUUCACUGGCAGCUUACGGUUUCCACGACAGACUCCUCGCGUUGAGGACUAAAGUACAGGCAUUGUUGUCUGGGGAGGGUGGUGAUGUACUUACAAACGCCAUAAAGCGGCGGUGGCGAUGGUCGGAGAGCUUCGCGCUGCGGUCGGCGGGGCUGACGCCGUCGGAGGCGGAGUGGGAGCGCGAGUGGGCGGACGCGGUGACGGCGGCGUCGGCCGAGCCGCGCCCGCGCCCGCAGCCCAGCGCCGCGCCGCACUACACCGGCCUCGACCAGCUGCACGUGUUCGCGCUCGCGCACGUCAUGCGCCGCCCCGUCGUCGUCUUCGCUGAUGUCGCGCUUAGGGAUUUCCGCGGCGACCCCAUUGCUCCUAUACCUUUUGGGGGCGUGUACUUACCUCUAGAACUGGAGCCUGAAGUGUGCAGUAAAGCACCAAUACUGUUAGCGUACGAUGCUGGCCAUUUCUCCGCACUAGUUCCUUGCGAACCGCUGCCAACAGAUGGCGCGAGAGUGCCAUUAGAAGACCAAGCGGGAAACGCUAUGCCUAUAAGGUUCAAUGUGGACCCGGGUGAAGAGUUCAGAUGGGACAUGGAACCUGACCAAAAGACAAUCAACAACCUUCUCCCUGACGAGUACCAGCGCUCUGCAAUGUUGGCAGCAUAUCUCGACCUCGAGAGGGUUGAAUGCCUCACCCAACACCAGCCACCCGAAGAUCUGCGCAGAUCCCUCGAUGCUUUAUCGACUAAAAGCUCGAAGCAGAUGAACUCUGUAGCAAAACAAUUUGGGAGCAUUGGUCGCUCUAUGAGCAGCAAAAUUAAAAAGAAUUUCGGAUCUAUGGCUAAAUUGACGGGAAAGAGCAGUGGGAGCCAGAGUAAUCCUGAAGAGGGGUUGAUAAGGAGACAGUCCACGUGUGAAGUGCUGUGUUGCAGGGUGUUGGCCGCUAGAGCUCCAGUACAGGAGGAAAUGGUCAAAAAUUAUCUCAAUGAGGCUUGGAUCGGGUACACCGCCGAAAAGAACCGCAAAGAAAUCGAACCCGGCGCGCCGCGAUACGGAACCGGACGCUCGCAGUUCUACGCAGAACCAGACCGGACGAACGGCGAACGGGCUUCGUCUAAAACGGGUGGCACCGGGGCAGAAGGCACGCUGAGGCGAGACCGUACGCUGUAUUUGAGCAAAUCCACAUUUUAUGAUGACCGCCCUCCCUCCCCUAAACCGUGUCGCGCGCCGCUCUGUAUGUACUAUGGGAGCCCUGCCAAUGGGGAUUACUGUUCGCGCUGCGCUCGUUUGCAGUGACGUCCCCAUGCGGCAUUCUUACAGCAAAAAUCUACCAUGCUUCCGUCACUUCACAAUAUGCAAACCGAUGCCUUUGGUAAUUGAAUAAUAUUCGAUUCUAUAUUUUUUAAAUAUUAUUUGAAAAGUAUUGUAGCGAUCUGAAACGUUAAGUAUGUUUGCUACCGAAAUCUCACGUCAGCGAUAAAUUUUCAAAGCCUUUUAAUAAAAAAAUAUUUUUUAUGUAUGAAUAUGAAAUAUUCCACCCACUUGUUUUUCCUUAAUUGACAUUACUCGGCUUGGAUUGUGAUGAACUAUUGUGUGAACACUCUUAAUAGGGAAGGUAUUACUUGAGUAAUAUCUAUUUACCUCUGUUAUUGUAAAAUAUUGGCAGUAAUGGAUAAAUACUAUUGGUGUAUAGUAAUAACAAUAAUAUAACACUUAUAUCUUUUAAGUAGGCGGAAUACAGGCAGACACAAACAAUUUUGUGUUUUCCUUCUUCUAAACUAUGCAGAUUUUGACAUAGCUUUCACUGUCACUUAUAGGAUUUCUUCCAGAAGUUUAUAUGUGUAAACCACACCGUGCGAAGUCGGGGCUAAUUAGUAGUAAUAUAAAGAUAAGUCACCGUACCAGUUUAUAAUCAAAAUCCUGGUGUAAGCUGUUCCAAUGAAUUUCGUCUUCGAUAGAAACAAGUUAGUUACUUCCUCGCGUGUUUUGUGUAAAUGUCUACCUGCGCGUUUGGUCUUAGACAGAAAUAAAAAAAACAAUUUUCAUUCAACUACUAUUUUUUGCACAGAUAUUGACUGCAUAUUUCUUCAACUUUGACAAAAUUUCAAUUCUGAGUUCCUAGAAAUAUCUCUAUUUCGUGAAAUAAAGAAUCAUUAAAAUAGUGUUACAGAUGAUAUUUCAGUGUUAGUGAUUUGCUACGAAUGAUAUAGCUUAUGUAAAAUCAAGCCAAGUGUGAGGCAAUGAAAGUAGUAGUAGUGGUGGCACUUGUAGUUUUCUUACAAAAUUAAGUACUUAUAUAAUUUUUCUCUAUAUUUGUGAUUUUUAUUUUUUUUUAUAUCUGAGUUUUGUUUUCUAAUUAUUAUAAAAUUUUAAAUUCUUUAGAAUUUAGGAGUAUGGUUAAGUUAUUAACAUUGUAACUUUUUUUAUAUUGAAACAAGGCUAUCUUUAUCCAGCAACGACUGUUGCACUAAUAUAAUUUAAACUAGAUUGACUUAGGUUAUCAAUAAGUAUUAACAUAGCACGAAUCAUGUAAGGUACUUACCCCCUAUCAUUACGUCAUAAAAUGACCUUGUUAUUUAGUUCAUAAAAUCGUUUUAUAAUUAUUAAUCAUGUUUCGUUCACCUAAAACAUGUACAUUAGUUAUGUAUGAGCUUACUGUCUUACACAAAGAUAUUCACUUAGGGAACAAUCCAUAAAUCACGUCAUACACUACAGGAGAGGGGAGGCUUAAUGUAAAAAAAAAACAAAAUGAUAACUAUUACAAUUGAAGCGGAGGUAUCUAAUGUGUGUGACGAGUGAGAGGUGCUGAGAAUUUUUAAUAAGGAAAAUACGGAGAUAAAUUAAAAUGCGACUAAUAUCACAACGAUAUGUCAAAAAAUAUGAUUAUAAAAUUCAAAAAUUAUAUAAAAACCUAUCAAUGAGUUCGCU